AUGACGGGCAAAAUUCAGAUGUGUCUGGUCGUAUUUGAAUGGCUGGGCACUAGUCGCUUUCUGAUUGGCGGACUCCUCUCGGCUAAUGGGAUAAGACCUUGGGAGCUGGCAUCUUUGGGCUAUGCUUGCACCUCUUUCCUCGUACUUUAUUUACCCUCGCCUCAUAGCCCUAGCUUCGGCCCCACUCAAAAGUGCUCUAAUCCGUCGCCUCCUCUUCACCCUGUGCGCUUCCACUCUAGCGCCUGUAGAAGGGAUAUGAAUAUGUAUGAAAAAACCAUCCUAGAGGCAACAACUUCAUCACUUGUCACCCCCGGCAAAGUGGAGCCAAGCUCACAUGGUCCUCCUAGACGUCGGUAUGCACCAGCUGCUGGGACUUUGGAUUCUGUUCAACGUAUGCCUUGGCAGAACUGUUGGCUGGGCGACAUUCUUAAUGUACAGGCUCUGUAG